AUGGACCGACGCGAGUUGAACGACCUCUUCGGAGAAAUUAGCUCCAGCUCUGAGUCGGACACCAGCAGGCCCACGCCGACAACCACGACGCCGCCGACGCUCGCCCGCCGAAUCGCCACCGCCUGCAACCCCGAGCCCGGGACUGCCGCGACGUCCGCCGCGUCCGGGAACGAUGAUAACUGGAAAGCCAUCAUCCUGGCAACGCCGCCGGAGAUUAAGCCGCGCCGCCGCGGAAGAAUCGCCUCCCUGGCCAACUCCCGAUCUGCUGCCAGCCGUCCACCAGCCGCCAGGACCAGCAAGGCCUCGACGUCCCGGCCACCGACCACCGGACCGCAUUCCUCCGCCGGAGCCCCUACUACCCGGCCGAUGAACAUCGGGCCGCCUACUACCCGGUCCACGACCGCCGAGCCGUGCACUACCCGGCCGGCGACCACCAGACCGUCUACUGCCCGGCCUGCGACCGUCGGACCGCCUACCGCCCGGCCUGCAAACAUCGGGCCGCCUAUUACCCGGCCCACGACCGCCGAGCCAUGCACUACCCGGCCUGCGACCGUCGGACCGCCUACCGCCCGGCCUACAAACAUCGGACCACCUGCCACCCGGCCUGCGACCGCCGGGCCGCAUACUGCCCGGCCUGCGCCCAUCGGACCGCAUACCGCCCGGCCUACGACCGCCGGACCACCCACGGCCGCCGGGCCACCCGCCACCCGACCGGCAACCGCUCGACCACCGACCGCCAGGCCACCCAUCGCCGGGUCUAUCCCAGUACGCCUGGACGACGGCACCAUCGUCGAGGUCCCCGCCGGAUCGGCCAUCGUCGGGCGGAGUACUGCCACCGGCGUAGUUUUAAAAGUUCCACCGAUGCGGACUCUGCCACCCAAGAGUGACAGUCCCAGCACCCACCGGCGUAGUUUUAAAAGUUCCACCGAUGCGGACUCUGCUACCCAACAUAUGGCAGUACUAAAAUAUGUGUAG